UGAGAUUUCGUGCAUUUUAAACAGAGUGAGGCAAUUGCUUUGGCAAUACAGAACUACUAUCUUUGGCAUGCCAACAAAGCACCUUUGAAUUGAAUUGCAUUGAACUACGGGAAGUCAUUUCAGCCAGGUACCUGAGAAUGAGUUGGUUUCGAGCGCUGGGCGUUUUCUGCAUUAUAUUUACCUGCACUGCACCACACUAUUCUUCUGCAAGGACAUAUUUGGUCACAACGCCAAAAUUCAUCCGUCCUGGUGUCAGACAUUCUGUGGCUGUCUCACUUCUGAAUGACAGCCCAUCUCAGGUCAGAGUGACAGCAGAAAUCUUUAAUGGAAAAGUCCUUGUGGUUUCUGGUGAAGACACUUUACAGCGAGGCUCCACUGGAUUGCUUGUACUUCCACCAAUUCCUAAGAACGCCACUGCUUAUAAAUCCAUUUAUACUCUGUUAGUGAAUGGCUAUGAUGGCGUGAAGCAGGUGUUCACUAACAGCACAUCACUGGCGUUUCGUUUGAAAGGGUUCUCUACCUUCAUCCAGACCGAUAAGCCUCAAUACAAACCAAGGCAAGGGGUGAAGAUCCGAGUUAUAUCACUUUACUCUGACCUGAAACCCUACAAGGCCCAAGUCAACAUUGUCAUAAAGGACCCUCAGGGUAAUUCUAUAGAGCAGUGGCUGUCGAUAGACAGUCAUCUGGGUGUUGUAUCAAAAGAGUUUCAGUUAUCUGACAAUCCUCCUCUUGGAAGCUGGACCAUUGAAGCUACAAUAAACGGAGUGGUGAGUAGCAGUCCAUUCAUCGUAGCUCAAUAUGUGCUGCCUAAAUUUGAAGUAGAGAUGAGGACCCAGUCUAUUUACUGUGUUCCAGACAUGAAGAAUAUAACUGGCACUGUCACAGCAAAAUACAGGUAUGGGAAGCCUGUAAAUGGAACUCUGACAUUAAACGCCAACAUAUGGGGAAUGAAUAUGAAAGUUAAUAAAACAAUGCCAAUAAACGGGUCAGCUGAUUUUACAUUGUCUUACAAAGAUUUUGAAAACUACAUCUUUUAUAGAGAAGGAUAUGAGUUUUAUCAAAAAGCAGCUAUGUCAGUUACUGCAACUGUGACGGAGUCCCUAACAGGAUUAACAUGUAACACAAGCACAGAUAUAGAUUUAGCCUUCUCUAAAUAUAAUCUGCAAUUUUAUGGAAAUCCAUCAGCACUGAGGUUGUCAUUAAACUUUACGGCCUACCUUAAAAUAUCUUCAUAUGACAGUAAGACACUGACCACAGAAGAGAGAAAGAACAAUGUGACUGUUUCUGUAAGACAAGGCUUUUAUGGUUUUGAAGAUAGUAUGGUGUUUGAGAAGAAUUCUGACUUGCCAGGGCCGGACGAAGUAUCCAUUAUCAAUUACACCAUUCCAGAAAAUGGGAUUAUAAUGAUCAACCUCCCUAUUAUGACCAAAGCAACAUUAAACAUUAUGGCAGAAUUUCAGGGCUACACUGCGUAUUGGUUUGUCAAUGCAUUUUACUCUCCAAGCAAAUCUUAUAUCCAGAUACAGAAGCCCAGUUCAACCCCUAAGGUUGGAACUCCUUUUCAGCUUACAGUGGAAAGCAAUGAACUGAUAAAGGAGCUACAUUAUAUGGUCGUGUCUAGAGGACAGGUGGUCGCGGUGGGUAAAGAGACCUCGGCUUCGUUUCUGGUGACUCCCACAGAUUCCUGGUCUCCUGCUGCCUGCAUGAUAGUGUACUACGUUCGAGAUGAUGGGGAGGUGGUCAAUGACUUCCUAGAGUUAUCCAUUAGUAGCGUCUUUAAAAACAAGGUCUCGCUGUCUUGGAGUAAAACUCAAGUCAAGCCCUCUGAGUCUGUCUCUCUCGGGGUUACUGUGACAGAGCCCAUGUCUUUAGUUGGGAUUUUAGUUGUUGAUAAAAGUGCACAGCUUCUUCAAAAUGGAAAUGACAUCACAGCGGAUAUGGUGACCGAAGAACAAGCUGGAUAUAAUGAGAGGAACAAUUUCUAUCGUCAACCUCCAGCAGAUCCUCUGUCUGUUUUUCAGAAAUGUAACCUGUUGGUGAUGACAGAUGCUGAAGUUCACUAUAUAUCCAAAUAUGAACGUUUUGUUGAAGAAUAUAAUGCAUGGAAACCAGCCACAUCAAGUAAGCCACAAGCUUCAAAGACCUGGAUCUGGUUGGACACCAAUACAAGCGCCUCAACAAGUGCAACUCUUAAUGUGAUUGUGCCUGAUAGCAUCACGUCCUGGGUUGCUACUGCUUUUGUCAUCUCUGAGGGUCUCGGGCUGGGAUUGACCAGCUCUCCUGCAGAGCUGGAGGUUUCCCAGCCCUUCUUCUUGUCUCUGAAUCUUCCAUACUCAGUUAUCAGAGGAGAACAGUUUGUCCUGGAAGUAACCAUCGUUAACUACCUGAACCAAGCUCUUCAGGCAAUGGUGACCGUCAACAAAACUGAUGCCUUUGAGUUCAACGUUUCUGGGAACAGUACUAAUACAGUGGCCAACAAGAGGAACGUGACUGUGCCGAGUCAAGAUAGCAUCACGGUUCUCUUCCCCAUUAAACCCAAGCAGCUUGGAGAGAUUACAAUCGCUGUGACAGCCACGUCACCUACUGCUUCUCAUGCAGUCAAUCAGACCGUUUUAGUGAAGGCCGAAGGAAUUGAAAAGUCAUUUUCUCAGUCUUUGCUUUUGGAUCUAGUUGGAAAUGGGCAGCAAACUGUGUCCAAAGAUGUAAGCUUUACUUUCCCUGCAGAUGUAGUGAAUGGCAGCGAAAGAGCUAAUGUAACUCUUGUUGGGGAUCUCCUGGGUCCAUCUAUCUCUGGUCUUGAGUCACUUAUCCAGAUGCCCUGUGGAUGUGGAGAACAGAACAUGAUCCACUUUGCUCCCGAUAUUUAUGUUCUUCAAUAUUUAAUUAAGACAAAACAAAUAAAGGAGGAUAUUAAGACCAAAGCCAUAUCCUUUAUGACUCAAGGUUAUCAACGAGAACUGACCUACCAGAGAAAGGAUGGGUCUUUUAGUGCUUUUGGUGAUUGGGAUUCUUCUGGAAGUACUUGGUUGUCUGCCUUUGUGCUCAGAUGCUUCCUGCAAGCCCGUCAGUUCAUCUAUAUUGACCCAACAGUGCUAUCCAGAACAAUAGAGUGGAUUGUACCCCAGCAGAAUCCUACUGGGGAGUUCAGAGAGCCAGGGAGGGUCAUUCACUCUGAGCUGCAGGGAGGACAGAACGGUCCACUGUCUCUUACUGCUUAUGUAUUGAUGGCACUCUUGGAAGACGAGACAUACAAGAGCUAUUAUCAGAGUGCAGUAUUAGGAGCUGUGUCGUUCUUGGAGAAUAGGCUUGCAGAGGGAAUCUCCAAUAACUACACUCUGUCUCUGGUGACGUAUGCUUUGUCUCUGGCAAACAGUACUGUUGCAAAGACUGCCCUGGAUGAGCUGAACAGGAGAGCAGAAAAGGAUGGUGGCUUGAUGUUCUGGACCAGUCCCAGGGUGGGUGUGUCCAGCUGGAGCCAGCCUCGCUCCACAGAUAUAGAGCUGGCUUCCUACGCAAUACUGUCUCAUUUGGAACAGAAGCGGCUUGCUGAGGGAAUCCCCAUCAUGAAAUGGCUGAGCCAGCAGAGGAACCACUUGGGAGGAUACUCAUCUACUCAGGACACAGUAAUAGCUCUACAGGCGUUGUCUGGAUUUGCAGCUCUCUUCAGCUCACAAGAUGUGGGGCUUAAGGUUACAGUCAGUGGAACAGGCCUUACCUUUCCAGCCAUAUUCCACAUUGAUUCAACAAACCUUUUACUGCUACAGAAGCAGCAGAUUGAAGUACAGCAAUCGAUGUUGAUUAAUGUGAAGGCAGUAGGAAAUGGACUUGCCAUAUUUCAGCUUAAUGUGUUCUACAACGUGAAGAAUACAUUAUCAAGGAGACGCAGAGAUACAGGAAAUCAAGAAGGGUUUGAUUUAAGUAUUGCCGUUACUGACAACGUGAAUGACCUGAAUCAUGUGUGUUUGCACAUAUGCACAAGGCUCUUGGAAAAUCAGAAUAUGUCACAAAGUGGAAUGGUUUUAAUGGAAGUGGGCUUGCUAAGUGGUUUUAUUCUUGUAGAAGAUGGAAUUGCCAGAAAUCAAAUUAUCAAAAAUGUAGAAGCUGGCUCUGGAAAAGUGUUCCUGUACUUGGAUUCACUGAAUACAUCCCAGGUUUGUCUUGAUGUCCCUGCUAUAAGAGACUCUAAAAUCUCCAAUGCCCAAGAUGCUGUGGUGCUGAUAUAUGAUUACUACGAACCUAGCAGAAUGGCUGUCAGGACUUACCGCUCAGGAGUAAUGCAGCGUGUAUCUUCAUGUGAUUUCUGUGGAAAGGACUGUGAACUGUGCAGGUCGACUGUAAUGGCUGAUAAUGUCACCACAGUUAAUUCUUCAGCGGUUCACAUACAUCACACUGCUAUCGUCACCAGUAUAUUUGCAGGUUUCUUAAUUCACUUAGGCUUCUUUUGUUUUUAAUUGAACACAUUUAGUAUAAUAGAUUUUAGUCAAUAAAACACACUUUGUAUAUUGGAUAUAAUCAGCAGUUUACAAGCUUAGCUGUGUGUAAAUUUACUUGGAAAGGUAAUCAUCUCAUCUCUGGAUGAAUAAGAACACUGGGCCAUCUAAAAUACAAUUUUACUGAUUUCUUUGGUGAGGGCUGUCAAUUUUAAACUUUAACAUUUGAUUUUAAAAUGAGGUUUAUGGGAAAAUGAUUAACAAUAUAGUUGUAAUUUUGUUUUUUUGUAUUACAAGACUAUUUUACUUCUAUAGGUAAUGUCUGUUUGCAAUUUUAGACUUUUAAAAUUGGGUAUGUAAACUAUUUUUAUUUUAUGCAAAACAUAAACAUUAUUGCAUUAUUAUAUUUAAAAAUGAUGGCUGAUAACUUUAAAAAAAAUUGUAUAGGGUACAAAUAAAAAUGAUCCUGAACUUUCAAAAUGAAGCCUGGUGUAGUCU